AUGCCUACAGGGAGAAAAAUGGCUUUUCCAGAUAUAAUGAUCCGCCAAGGGAGUAUUGAUGAUAUAAAUGCUCAACAGUUUCUAAAGAUCUCUAACUAUGAAGACACAGUGAGACAACUGGAUAUUUAUUAUGCAAUAGUUAAAAGACAGUUAUUAAGAUUUCAAAGUCCUGUUACUGGAUUGUUUCCGGUCUUGUCAUCUGAUUUGCAUAUUGGUAGUGUAAGAGAUAGCAUAUAUUGUGCUUCUGCUGUAUGGGGUUUAUAUCAAGCAUAUAGGAGAAUUGAUGAUGACAGAGGAAAGUCACAUGAACUGGGACAAAGUACCGUGAAAUGCAUGCGAGGAAUUCUUGAAUGUUGGAUUAAGCAAUCGGCCAGAGUAGAAGCUUUUAAGACACGUCAAAGUGCUGCUCAUGCUCUUCAUGUAAAGUUUCAUUUAACUACUGGAGAACCUGUACUUAGUGAUGACCAGUACCAUCAUUUGCAAAUAGAUGUUAUAUCAUUGUAUCUGCUAUUUCUUGUUCAAAUGAUUACAUCUGGACUUCAAAUUAUAUAUACACAGGAUGAAGUAGCAUUUGUCCAAAAUUUAGUAUACUAUGUGGAGCGUGCCUAUCGAACUCCUGAUUAUGGCAUGUGGGAGAGAGGCACCAAAUAUAAUGAUGGCAAACCAGAGAUCCAUGCUUCAUCUAUAGGUAUGGCCAAAGCCGCGUUAGAAGCCAUCAAUGGGUGCAAUCUGUUCGGCGACAAGGGCGCGUCGUGGAGCGUUGUGUACGUGGACAUCGACGCGCACAACCGCAAUCGAAGCAUCUUCGAGACCAUGCUGCCGAGGGAAUCUAGUUCAAAAGGUGUCGAUGCAGCUCUUCUCCCUACAAUAUCCUUCCCAGCAUUCGCCACUCACGAAGAAUUGCUACUUCAAUUAACUAAAAAUAAUAUUUUGAAUCGCUUACAAGGCAAAUAUGGAUUUAAAAGAUUCAGUCGAGAUGGAUACAAAUGUGUCCUCGAAGAUCCAAAUAGAAGGUAUUAUAAUGAAGGAGAACUUAAGGAGUAUGAAGGAGUAGAGUCGGAGUGGCCUCUCUUUUAUGUGAUGAUGAUAAUAGACGGUGUGUUCCGCACAUUGCCAGACCAAGUAGAAGAGUAUCAGAAACUACUCAAAUCGCGGAUAUACAUGGACGAAUAUGGAGAUCCGGUAAUUCCUUGGUACUACUAUGUCCCCCGUGAAGGCAUUGAGAAUGAACGCAGCGAGCCGUAUUCAGUACGCAGAAUUCCAGCAAACCAGCCAGGUGAUGAAGAAAGCAAAGACACAGGUGGUCUCUUCUUAUGGGCGCAGUCGAUGUUCGUGCUCGCGCAACUGCUGACCGGCGGCUUGUUGCACGUGAACGAGCUCGAUCCGAUCAGAAGAUACCUCCCGUCGUACAACCGGCCGCGGCGCGCCGGAAGGUACUCCGCUUUUCAGGGUAUAGCUACAGAUUUAGUAGUCCAAGUUGUUUUGAUCGCUGAAUCGAUGCGACUCCAAGCUAUGAUGGGCACAUAUGGUAUCCAAACACAAACUCCACACGAAGUGGAGCCUGUUCAAAUAUGCAGCUCCACGCAGUUAGUUCAUGUGUAUAGGGAAUUGGGGGUUUGUGAGAAGUUGAAGUUGACUGGAAGACCUAUUAGACCAGUGGGCUCUCUAGGAACUAGUAAGAUUUACAGAGUGUGCGGUAUGACGGUGCUCUGUUACCCGCUUAUAUUCGAAGUAUCCGAGUUCUAUCUGUACAGAGAUAUGGCUUUACUUAUCGACGAUAUAAAAACUGAGCUACAAUUUGUUGGAAAGUACUGGCGUCUAUCAGGGCGGCCGACGGUGUGCCUGCUGGUGCGAGAGGAGCACAUGAGGGACCCGCACUUCAAGCAGAUGCUAGAUUUAUUCGCGAUGCUUAAAAAAGGUCACUGCGAUGGAGUCAAAGUGCGCUUGGGAAGAUUACAAAAUCUUAUAUCAAGCUCUUGUAUCGAACACUUGGACUUCAUGAGCCAGGGCGAGUUCCCGUCGGAGAUGUUCACGCAGUUCAAGCAGCUGCAGCACGACUACAUCGGGUACCAGUCGCUGACGGACGUGCCGCGCACGCUCACGUACCGCGAGCCCGCGCCCGACGUCCGCGCGCUGCGCCACCGCGCCACCGCCGACGUGGUGGCCGCGCUGCGUGACACCGACAACGUGUACGCGCAGUGCCAGCUCUGGGGCAUACUGCUGGAGCGCGAGGGCCCCAUGUACGAGGUAAACGGCACGAGUGCACUAGAAGCCCUGAAGGGCCUGUACGGCAGCGCGGGCGUGCUGCGGCACUGGCGCGCCGUGCGCUACUGCUCCUCGCUGCUCAACCACACCGUGGACUCCAUCAGCCCCUUCAUCACCACCGUGCUCGUCAGCGGGAAGCAGUUGACAGUGGGCGUGAUCGGCCGCAAAGAGACCGUGUUCGACAAGCCCAUGACGCCGGGCGAGAUCCAGUCCGUCAUGUACUCUACCAUACAGCCGUACGACAUCAUCGGCGCCGUGCUGCAACAGGAGAUAGUCCUGUACUGCGGGCGUCUGAUUGGCACCAACCCGGACAUGUUCCGGGGCAUCCUCAAGAUCCGCGUGGGCUGGGUGCUGGAGGCCAUCCGCAUCUACCUGGAACUCUUCCCUGAAGAGAAGAAGGCGGAUGCCACUAUAGAGAGCCUCUCGCCCUACAAGCUGAGGACUUUGUUGCAGAAGGUGCUCACUGUGUCGGAUUGGGCGGAUGAGAAGGGAUUAACGCCACUACAACGGCGACGGUUAGAAGGUUGUCUGUGUCGAGUCCCUAAACAUUUCUACGUACAAGUUUGGGAUAUUUUAUUACGAACUCCUGAAGGACUAAUCAUAGAGGGUCAGGCGAUCCCCGCGCAGCCCACGCUGGUGAACAUGUCGCGGUCGGAGCUGUCGUUCGCGCUGCUGGUGGAGGCGGCGCUGGUGCGCGUGCCGUCGCCCGAGCGCCGCCAGCUCAGCGUGGAGCUGCUGUGCGUGCUGGCCACCAUCCUGCGCCGCAACCCCGAGCUCUACCUGCGCCACGCGCUGCGCCUCGACCGCCUGCUCGACGACGCGGAGAUCACCUACGCCGAGGACAGCGGGUCGGCGCCGGGGUCGCUGAGCGCGGCGGCGCCGGGCGUGUCGCUGGGCUACCUGGCGCGCGCCGUCGUCAACUCCGUGCUGCAGGCCGCGCACGCGCCCGCCGACGCCGCGCGCGCGCACGACUCCUGCCUCGUCGCG